AUGAAGAAUAAAAAGCCCCCAAAGUAUGCCAGUAUCUGGGAAGCAGUUCUCAUCAUUGACAUCGCUUUGCCAUUGAAGACAGCCAGGGACAGCCAGGGACAGUAUAUUUACAGUAAUUACAAGUAUGAAUGUUACAUUUUCAGAAUGGCGAAUGAAUUUCUACUCCGUUUAUUUUCAUUAAUAUGUUUCGAACUCAUGAGGGAUUCUGAAAGUCUACUAACCUACACACUCCAGGCUUGUUAUGGCAAUGGUUUUGAAGACUUCCUGAGUCCGACUUGUCCAUCGGGUUCCACGAUAUACGUGUAUGAUGUUUACACCUAUUCCAAGAGAAAGGACCGGAAUUGUCCGACAAUAGCCGAUCAAACGAACCGGAACAUUACGUAUUGUUGCAACUACGUCAACGAAACAGAAGAUUGUGGGAAGAGAUAUUAUGGAACGGCCGCACCGUACGAGCACGAGCAUUACUCGCGGUGCUCCGGGCGGCAGACGUGCAGCCCCGGGGUGCAGGCUUCCUGGAACAGUACUGAUGACGUAUGUGACAGCGCCAUUUUUAUGGAAAGAUCCAACUACAUGAAGAUGUGGUACAACUGUCUACCAGAUUCCGGCCUGGUUUCAAUUAGCAACACAUCGCUCACAGCACAAUCUAUCUAUCUGUCAAGCGAGGGAUAUCCGUUAGAAAUGCCUUCCUGUGAUUCCACUUCCGGUUCUGCGUGCACAGUCUCAUCAAGCGGUGUCUCCACGAUUCGUAUCACCGGAUUUGAUUUACAGUUCAGUGAGAGGUCAGGGGAGUGUAAACAAAGACUGUUGAUAACAGAUGGUUCACUUAUUUCUGACGUUGCUUGUGAUGACGUCAACAAUUUUGCUCGAUCUGUUCUCUAUACCAGCCAAUCUACCCGGAUCGAGCUACGAUUAGAUAAUGCAGAUACAUCAACAGGCGGAAAAUUCUGGAUUCAUCUUGAAGCUACAGAUUUAGCGGAACAGAUAACAAUAGAGUGCCAGCACCGUUCGCCUGAAGUCUCGUGUAACGAGACUUUCACGAUAAUCUCGCCAGGCACUGUUACGACAGGAACCACUACGUCUCGCACGACGUUAAUUCCAUCUCCUGCUGCAGCUGGCGCUUCAUCUUCUGACGAUGUCAUUACGACACGUAUUUCUGGAACAUCGCCAACAACUGCUAAAUAUGCCCCAAUUUCAUCAAUUGUGACGACAAAUAAUGUUACAACCGGGACCCAAUCAAAUCUCAACACUACCGUUUCCUACAACAAAAGCCAGAGAACCAACGACAGACAAGAUAGUGGAGAUUCCACUCUUGUGUCUAUUCCUGUUAUAUUACUGGUAUUAGUUGCAGUAGCGGGUUUCAUAUCGUAUCUCUACUGGAAACACAAGAAAAAGAAAGCAAACCAAGUUGUUGAUGACACUCUUGACCCAGCUCUACAGAGCCAUCUACCGGUUAUAACAAGUCUGCCGCCCUCUGUUUCUACGCCCGUGGCAUGGAACGGGCAUGGUGCCAACACAAACAACAAAUCAAACAAAUACGAAAAGGAGCCGACGUUCUUUAGUCUCAAAAUAAACUAAUAUCAUUAAAGCUUAAUAAAUUAAACCUAAUAUCUCGGGAAAGAAGUUUAAGAAGUCGUCAGAUUGCUUCAUAUAGUUUUUUUUCUUAUAUCAUAAAAUUAAAAGUGUAUCGCUACCUAAUAACCUAAUACUAGUAUACAUAAAAUCCUAAAUGAAUCCGUGAUAUUUUAAGAUCUUUAUUUCGUCAUAGAACUGAUGGGAAAAUAUAUAACACUUCAGACAGAAAAAGAAUCCAUUAAAUUGUUACAGUAAUACGUGUUUUAACGACAAACUUUCAUGUUCAAAAUUCUGAAUGUCGCAAAUACAGUCAAAGUCGGAAAAAUUGUAUUUAGCGAAAUACAUUCCACACUUAAAUUUGAUAAUAAUCUCAUACCAGACGAUUGGCUCCACAAAAUACCAAACCUCACUUAAAAAUAUUUUAAAAAUGUGUGACAUGAACCUUCUUUAAACAGAAACCUGAUCAAUAAAAAACAACAGAUAAAUAGCAGAGAGCGUCAGUUGACUUUUGUUCUGUAAAAAUACCCUAAUGUGGCAGACAAAAGCAACUUUGACGUCCAAAAUAUCGUAAUCCUUUUGUGUACUGGAUUAAAGUUUUGAUGUGAUGCUGAUUUUUACAAAAAAAAAAUUAAAAAUUGUUUAUGAGCAAAUUUUUUUUAGGAAGCAACAAAUAUAUGCAAGACGACCUUUAAAAAAUAAAAACGUGUUAUAUUUAUUUAUUGCAAUGAAAGUUAUCUCUCUUACCCGACAAGAAUAUCUUCAGUGAUUAUACAAUGUAUAAUAGCAUGAAGUGUUUGUUUGAAGUAAAGUCAAUGACAACAUGAAAUUGUGAAACCUAUUAUUUAUUAAUGCAUAUCCAUGAUCAAAUCAUUAAUAUCAUUAAUAACAAUUAAAUAAAGAUUUUGUGAAGCCUUUUACGUUAUUGAUGCCUUUUAGUAACAUGCCACUUCUCUCUCUAUUCCUGGAUCCGAUUUCUUAAAAAAAGACACCUGAUGUUUUUACCUCAAAUCCUUAGAACUUACUCCGCUGAGAUUUGUAGUUGCAUUUCUCGAAUCAAACUUAGUAAACUC